AUGAGUACUGGGACCUUACAACUUCCUGGCGGACCCGUUACCGCCAACCCAGUGUCGGGAACCAAGGAGUGGCACCAGUCUAUAACAGCUGAUCUCAGAAACCACCUUGUUCAUAAACUGGUCCAAGCUAUCUUUCCGACUCCAGACCCAACAGCAAUGCUUGACAAAAGAAUGCACAAUUUGGUCGCAUAUGCGAGAAAAGUAGAAGGCGAUAUGUAUGAAAUGGCCAGUACGCGUUCUGAAUACUACCACUUACUUGCCGAAAAAAUAUACAAGAUACAAAAGGAAUUAGAAGAAAAAAGACAAAAACGAAAAGAGCAGCAACAACAACAAUUACAACAGCAGCAGCAGCAACAACAACAACAGCAACAUCAGCAGCAGCAACAACAGCAGCAGCAACAACAACAACAACAGCAGUUACAACAAUCAGGCAUAAUGUCGGGAGGCGUUCUAGGAGUGCGAGCGCCCGGUUUAGGACCCGGCCCUGGAGUAGGAGUCGCAGCAAGUGUUGGACCAGGCGUGGGACCCAGUGUGGGAUUGGCGAGGCCUGGCUUAGGGACUGCACCGGGUUUGGGCCUAAGAAUACCUUCGCCAGGAAUGGCGCCGUUGGCUAUGCCCACUAGCCGCAUGGCAUUCCAGUCUAACCUUGUUGGUCCACCUGGACCCAGUCCCAAUCAGAUGGCGCACACGCCGAACGGCGGCGGCAGUAGCGUGGGCGUGGGCAGCGCUGGUAGCGCGGGUGCGGGCGCGGGCAACCCCGGCAUGUCGCCGUUCGGGCAGCCGAUGCCGUCGCCAGCGCAGUACGCGCCCAUGCAGACCAACGGCCCGGCGCCGCUCGCCUCGCCCAACCACCAGGAGGCCAAAGUGCGCUUGUCAGGAGCUCCCGUCGCGAGUCCUUUUAUGAACAAUUCAGCAUUCCGAAGCGAAUCUUCCACUGCGUCGCCUAAUCCUACAAACUCUGCCGGCCCUGCCCCUCCAGGGACCCCGGCCACGCCCCACACACAUCCGAGUCCCGCCCCCGAGACUCGCCCUAUCUCCCGCCCUUCCUCCGUUUCCGCCCAAAAGGCAGCAUUAAAUGCCGCCGCCUCAGCCGAUGACAGUCCCGAAGAUGUUCGGGUCAAAAUGGAACCUGAAGAAGUGGGAAUUAAGGAGGAGCCUGACGAGGACUGUGGGGGAAAAGGCAUGAGGGACGAAACUCCUAGUGAUAAAGAACCUAUGGAAAGGCCAGAGAGGCAUACAGAGUUUGUAGUGAAACAGGAAAUAAAACAAGAAAUAAAAGAAGAACCAAAUGAAGGACCUCCAAGUGUGAGUGGCGAAACAGAUAGAGGUCCAAAGAGAAUGCUUGUUUUCAAACCUGAGGAAUUGAGACAGGCUUUAAUGCCAACACUAGAAAAAUUAUUUUGUCUGGACCCAGAGUCUCUUCCAUUUAGGCAGCCUGUUGAUGCGCAAGCUCUGGGCAUUCCGGAUUACUUUGACAUUGUGACGAAGCCUAUAGAUUUGUCCACUAUCAAAAUGAAGCUCGAUAGGGGUGAAUAUAAAGAUCCAUGGGAGUAUGUGGAUGAUGUAUGGCUAAUGUUUGAGAAUGCAUGGCUUUAUAACAGAAAGAACUCUAGGGUCUACAGGUAUUGUACAAAGCUGUCAGAGGUGUUUGAACAAGAAAUUGACCCCGUCAUGCAAAAUCUGGGAUAUUGUUGUGGAAGGAAGUAUACCUUCAAUCCUCAAGUGCUUUGCUGCUAUGGAAAACAACUAUGUACGAUACCUCGUGAUGCAAAGUACUUCAGUUAUCAGAACAGUCUAAAAGCAUAUGGGGUUGUGUCCGAUAGAUACACCUUCUGCCAGAAAUGCUUCAAUGACAUCCAGGGCGACACCGUCACGUUGGGAGACGAUCCGCUACAGCCACAAACAGCUAUCAAGAAAGAUCAAUUUAAGGAGAUGAAAAACGAUCAUUUAGAACAAGAACCAUUUGUUAUCUGUAUGGAUUGUGGUAGAAAGCAGCAUCAAAUAUGUGUGCUUCACCAUGACCAAAUUUGGCCCCAAGGCUUCUGCUGUGAUAAUUGUUUGAAGAAGAAAGGGGCGAAACGGAAAGAGAACAAAUUCUGUGCAAAGAAGUUACCCACUUCGAAACUUGGCAUUUAUAUUGAGACGAGGGUUAAUAAUUUUCUUAAGAAGAAAGAGGCUGGCGCAGGCGAAGUCCAUAUCAGAGUUGUCGCGUCGUCUGAUAAAAUUGUAGAAGUAAAGCCUGGAAUGAGGUCUAGAUUUGUAGAAUCAGGAGAGUUGUGUGCUGAAUUCCCGUAUCGGGCGAAAGCACUGUUCGCAUUUGAAGAGGUUGAUGGGGCUGAUAUUUGUUUCUUUGGGAUGCAUGUGCAGGAAUACGGCAGCGAAAGUCCGUCGCCCAACACGAGGCGAGUUUAUAUAGCAUAUCUAGAUUCUGUUCAUUUCUUCCAACCUCGGCAGUAUAGGACUGCUGUAUAUCAUGAGAUUUUAUUAGGUUAUUUGGAUUACGCUAAACAAUUGGGUUACACAAUGGCCCACAUAUGGGCCUGUCCACCAUCUGAAGGGGACGAUUACAUUUUUCACUGCCAUCCGCCUGAACAAAAGAUACCUAAACCUAAGAGGUUACAAGAGUGGUACAAAAAGAUGUUAGAUAAGGGUAUCAUAGAGAGAAUAAUAUUAGAUUACAAAGAUAUUCUUAAGCAAGCAAUGGAGGACAAUAUCUCUUCAGCAGCGGAGCUCCCUUACUUCGAGGGUGAUUUCUGGCCGAACGUCUUAGAGGAAUCUAUCAAGGAACUAGAUCAAGAAGAGGAGGAAAAGAGAAAGCAGGCCGAAGCCGCUGAAGCAGUGAUAUUCCAGUCUUCCGAAGAAAAUGAACAAGGGCCUGAUGGAAAAAAGAAAGGACAGAAAAAAGCAAAAAAGUCGAACAAAUCCAAGGCCGCUCAGAGAAAAAACAGUAAGAAGCAGAGCGACCAACAGCAGGGUAGUGAUCUCAGUGCAAAAAUAUUUGCAACCAUGGAGAAACAUAAGGAGGUGUUCUUUGUUAUAAGGCUACAUUCCGCGCAGUCAGCGGCAAGCUUAGCGCCAAUCCAAGACCCUGAUCCAUUAGCUAAUUGUGACCUCAUGGAUGGUCGCGACGCUUUCCUAACGAUGGCGAGAGACAGGCAUUACGAAUUUUCAUCGACGAGGCGGGCGAGGUUUUCUACGCUUUGUAUGUUAUACGAGCUCCACAACCAAGGUCAAGAUAAAUUCGUUUACACAUGCAACAGUUGCAAGUCACACGUCGAGACGAGGUAUCACUGUACUGUCUGCGACGAUUUUGACUUGUGCGUGCCUUGUUAUGAGAAAGAGGGUCAUCCGCAUAAAAUGGAGAAACUCGGAUUGGACAUCGACGUCGGUUCAUCGCCGGGAGAUAUGAAGCAGGCGAAUCCGCAGGAGGCGCGGAAACUGUCCAUCCAAAGGUGUAUACAGUCGUUGGUUCACGCGUGUCAGUGCCGAGACGCGAACUGCCGGCUGCCGUCGUGUCAGAAGAUGAAGAGGGUGGUGACGCACACGAAGAUUUGCAAGCGGAAGACGAAGGGCGACUGUCCGAUCUGCAAGCAGCUAAUCGCGCUGUGCUGCUACCACGCGAAGCACUGCCAGGAGACGAAGUGCUCGGUGCCGUUCUGCAGCAGCAUCAAGCAGAAGCUGAAGCAGCAGCAGGUGCAGCAGCGCGUGCAGCAGCAGCAGCUGCUGCGGCGGCGCAUGGCCGCCAUGAACACGCGCGGCGGCUGCACGGGCGCGUCGCCGCCGCAUGCCGCCGCGCCGCUGGGCUCGCCGCCGCACGCCAGCACGCCCGCCAAGCCCAACGCGCACUCAGCGCACACCGCACACGCCGCGCACGCCGCCCACGCGCUGCCCACCAACGUGCAGAAGGCGCUGCAGCAGGUGCAGGAGGAGGCGGCGCGGCAGCAGGCGCCGUCGUACGGCAAGCAGGCGGCGAUGGGCCCGCCGGGCUGCGCGGGCGGCGCGCGCGGCGACUGGGCGCCGCGGUACCGCGCGCCGCCGCCGCUGCACCACGCGCCGCACCACGCGCGCCUGCCGCACCACGCGCCGCAGCACGCGCAGCACCCGCAGCACCCGCAGCUCGCACAGCACCCGCAGCAGCCGCUCGCCGCGCAGCAGAUGCAGCAAAGAGCGCCAGCGCCUCAACAACAGCAAACGCAACCUCAAGUACAUCAGAAAGCGCUACAGCAACUCAUGGCGACGCUGCGCUCACCAACAAGUCACAAUCAGCAGCAGGAGAUACUACAGAUACUCAAGUCUAAUCCUCCUUUAAUGGCAGCAUUUAUCAAGCAAAGACAAAACGCCCAAAAUCAGCAACAAGCCGCCAGUGGAGUUGGUGGCGUUGGCCCAGUUGGUAACGUCGGCGGAGUCGCCGGUGUAGGAAACGUAGGCAACGUUGGCGGCGUUGGAAACGUUGGCGUCGGCGGCGUGGGACUGGGCGGCGCCGUGCAGCAGCAGCCGCAGCUGCAACAUAUGAUGCAGCCGCAGCAGCAAAGGCUGCAGAUGCAUCAGAUGCUGCCGCAGCAGACUCAGGUCGGAGGCGCUGUCGGCGGCGUUUCGGGCGUGGGCAUGGGCGGCGUGUCGGGCCCGGGCGUCGGCAUGGCGAGCGGCGGCUGGUUCAAGCAGGGCGGCGUGGCGGGCGGCAUGCUGGGCAUGCGCGCGCCGUACGCAGGCGGCGGCGCGCCGCGGCUGGGCGCGCGCUAUUUCCCGGGCGGCGUGGGCGGGGUGGGCGGCGUGCUGCAGCGCUCGCCGCCCGCCACGCCGUCGCCGCGCCCACCCACGCCGUCGGAGCUGUUGCUGCUGCGGCAGUCGCCCGCGCCAGCCGCGCCACACCACGCGCCCGACGACCAGCCGCCGCCCAUGACGCCGCAGGACCAGCUCACCAAGUUCGUCGAGCAGUUGUAG